AUAUAUUUGUAUAUGUGAUUAUGUUUCUCCUUGAAAAAAAUAAAAAUAAAAAAGGAAAGAGAAGAAUACGGAAAAAAAGCUCUGUGUUCUCUUUUAUCAAUGUCUGUCUGUCUCUCUUUCUUUCUCUCACAUGGUCUCAACAUUUUCAGGUUAAUGGAUCGUAUUUGCCUAAAUUUGUUACAUUCAAUUCCCGAGACUUUUCAUUAACACAACACAAAUCUCAGCUCAUGUUUUUCCUCUCCUCGUUUCUAGGGUUUCUCUCUCUUUACUGCUCUUCUGUUCUUCUAGGGUUUUGAACCCAACAAUUUUACAUUCCCUCAAUUUCCAGCUCUCUCCUUCUCUAUCUUAUUAGGUUUGGUAGUCGCAAAAAUCAAAAGCCUAUGUAAAAGUCGAAUUUGGUUUUACAUUGUUGUUGCUUUUCUUUUUCAUGCUUUGGGUUUGGUUUCUGACAAUUUGAAUUUGUACUCUCCAUUGAAGUUACAGAGGUGAUUGGUUGGUGUUUUUUUUUGGUUUGGUUUCAUAGUGGUGAUGAUUUGAGAUCGGAUGAAAAUGAGAGAUCUUGAAUGGUUUUGAGAGAGAGAGAGAGAGGGCAUUGAGUGGAUUUUCAGGUGGUUGCUGAUGUUAAGUGAGGUUCUAUAUUUGAAGAUCGAGCAAUACUGGUGCUAAUGUGAUGUUAAUUGGUACUAUUUAUUACAUAAACGAAGACGAAUCGCUGUUGCAAACAUGCAUUUCACAAAGCUUGAUGAUUCUCCUAUGUUUCGUAAACAGAUACAAAGCUUGGAGGAAAGUGCCGAAUCCUUGAGGGAGAGAAGUUUAAAAUUUUACAAAGGAUGUCGAAAGUACACCGAAGGACUCGGGGAAGGAUAUGACUGGGACAUCGCAUUUGCCAGUGCCCUAGAAACAUUCGGUGGAGGGCAUAAUGAUCCCAUUAGUGUGGCUUUUGGAGGUCCUGUUAUGACAAAAUUUACUAUUGCAUUGAGAGAAAUAGGGACAUACAAAGAAAUUCUUAGAUCCCAGGUUGAGCACAUGCUAAAUGACCGAUUGUUGCAAUUUGUCAAUAUAGAUUUGCAUGAUGUCAAGGAAGCACGGAAGCGUUUCGACAAGGCAAGCCUUCUUUAUGACCAGGCUCGUGAGAAAUUUCUGUCACUGAGAAAAGGCACAAAGACUGAUAUAGCUACCAUUCUAGAGGAGGAGCUUCAUCAUGCAAGGUCUUCUUUUGAGCACGCUCGCUUUAAUUUGGUAACUGCUCUUUCCAAUGUUGAAGCAAAAAAGAGGUUUGAAUUUUUGGAAGCUGUUAGUGGUACGAUGGAUGCUCAUCUUCGUUACUUCAAACAGGGGUAUGAGCUGUUGCAUCAGAUGGAACCAUACAUUAAUCAGGUCUUGACUUAUGCACAACAAUCAAGAGAAAGGUCCAACUAUGAGCAGGCAGCUCUCAACGAACGGAUGCAGGAGUACAAAAGGCAGAUUGAUCGUGAAAGCAGGUUGUCUUCAAAUGGUUCUAAUGGAUCUCCUAAUGGUGAUGGUAUACAAGCAAUUGGUAGAAGUUCACAUAAAAUGAUAGAGGCAGUCAUGCAAUCUGCUGCAAAGGGAAAGGUUCAAACCAUUCGUCAAGGUUACCUUUCAAAACGUUCCUCAAACUUGAGAGGUGACUGGAAAAGAAGGUUUUUUGUACUUGAUAGUCGAGGAAUGCUGUACUAUUAUCGCAAACAAGUUAGCAAACCAUCCGGUUCUGGCAGUCAACUUUCUAGUCAAAGGAAUAGUUCUGAAGUUGGUUCUGGACUGCUGAGUCGCUGGCUUUCUUCUCAUUAUCACGGUGGUGGAGUACAUGAUGAAAAGUCUGUUGCUCAUCACACUGUGAACCUGCUGACAUCAACCAUAAAAGUUGAUGCUGACCAGUCAGAUCUGAGAUUUUGCUUCAGGAUUAUUUCACCAACAAAGAAUUACACUUUACAGGCAGAGAGUGCUCUGGAUCAAAUGGAUUGGAUUGAGAAGAUAACUGGGGUUAUUGCUUCAUUACUUAGUUCUCAAGCUCCUGAGCGGUGUUUGCCUGCCAGUCCCAUGGGAAGUAGUCAUCACCGAUCUGCCAGUGAGAGUAGUUCGUUUGAAAGUUCUGAUUUUGAUCAUGCAGCGAUAGAAGAAUACUCAUCUGAGAGGCUGACCUCUGGAUAUCAUGAGCGCCCAUCAAGAGGUUCACAACAGCUACGAACUGAAAAACCAAUUGACGUGUUGCGAAGAGUAUGUGGUAAUGACAAAUGUGCUGAUUGUGGUGCUCCUGAACCUGACUGGGCAUCCUUAAAUCUCGGUGUUCUUGUCUGCAUUGAAUGUUCUGGUGUUCACCGUAACCUUGGUGUGCACAUAUCAAAGGUAAGGUCACUGACACUUGAUGUUAAAGUGUGGGAGCCUUCUGUUAUAACUUUAUUCCAGUCAUUAGGCAAUACCUUUGCUAACUCAGUUUGGGAGGAAGUACUGCAAUCAAGAGGUGCUUUUCAGGUUGAUCUUGUCCCUACAGGCUUGCUCAAGUCUGAUAAACCGCAGCUGACUUUUAUCAGCAAGCCUAGUCACGCUGAUUCAAUUUCAAUAAAGGAGAAGUUCAUUCAUGCAAAGUAUGCAGAAAAACUAUUUGUUCGGAAACCUAAGGACAAGUAUACAGUGGCACAACAGAUUUGGGAGGCCGUUCGUACUAAUGACAAGAAAGCUGUAUACCGUCUUAUUGUCAACUCUGAAGUAGAUGUGAAUGCUGUUUAUCAGGAAGUGUUGUUUGGCUCUUCAUUAACCCUUGCCAAAGCAAUGCUGCUGCAGGAGCAGACUAGCCUUGAUCACAACUCUAGUUGCUUUACUGGGGAUCCGGCAGGAAAGUCCUUGAGCUCUUCAAACUUAGCUGGUACAAGCGAAGAAAUGUUGGAGGAUUUUGAUGGGUGCUCCCUUCUUCACCUAGCUUGUGAAACUACAGAUAUUGGUAUGAUAGAACUCCUCCUACAGUAUGGUGCAAACGUAAAUGCUUCUGACUCAAGAGGUCAGAUACCACUCCAUCGUUGUAUUCUCAGACGGAAGACUACAAUUGCCAAGCUACUUCUUGCAAGAGGAGCAGAUCCACGGGCUGUAGACAGGGACGGUAAAUCUCCUAUUGAACUUGCAAUGGAGUCAAAUUUUGAAGACAGUGAGGUCCUUCCUCAAUUAUCAGAUUCGCAUGGAUAGUAUAAAAGAGGAUUUAGAAAAGAGCCAACUUUGCUGAAGCUGGGUAGCUUCAGUCCAAAAAUAUUAGUGUGUCAUUUUUAUUUUAUUUAUUUAUUUUUGUAAUUUUGUUUUAUAAAUUUGUGGGCUGAUAAAUUCUUCAGUAGAGAGAUGGUGGUCAAGUUUGAGGGUCUGAAGGAUGAGGUGGGUUGGCCUGCCUGCCUGUUCGUGCCUGUGCGGAAUGAUCCCAGGAUUGGUAUGCUAAAUGGCCGCCUUUUGUUCUUGCGGCGAGAGAGCUACUGGAAGCUUUCAGCUUUGGGGCUUUGUAAUGUAAUGUGGUGUUUAUUUAGUUUAUUUGUUUUUUCUUUUCUUCUCUUUUUUUUCUGGUGGGAAGCUGAGGCAUUGUAUGUAUGUACAUUGUUCUUUGUUAGUCAAUUUUUGUUAGAAUGGCAAGCUUUGCCCUAAAUACAACUCUUUGUAUACUCUAGCUGGAUAAGGAAAAAAAAAAAUGGGUUUCUCCUCCA